CGGUAAUCUAACGUUCUGAGGCUAAUCUCACAUUCCUUCAACCAAAAUAAGUGAAUUAUAAAAGUAAAGGCAACAUAAAACACAUGUCGGUUUUCCUUAAAAAAAGAAAAAGAAAAACCAGGUUGGACAUUCACGGAGCGAGACGAAUCUCCAGCCACAAUCGUGCACCACCGGCCCUCCACCGCCGCAAUCCAUCAUCGGUCUUCUCCAACAUCCGUUCUCCAUCGUCUCCAGUCUCCCCUACUACUGAUCGCUAGUCAUCCCUCCAAUCCCGUCUAGGUGAAAAUACGUUUGAUGCUAUAUUUUAUAGAUAAUUUAUUUAUUAAUUUAUAUACAAACACCCCCUAAAUAAGGAAAAGAAAAAUUAGAUACAAACACCCCCUAAAUAAAUACUGUUAAGGAAAAGAAAAAUUUGUGCAUUUAGGAAUUAGUCCUAUUAAGGAAAAGAAAAAUUUGUGCAUUUAGGAAUUAGUCCUAUUAAGGAAAAGAAAAAUUAGAUACAAACACCCCGAAAAAUUAGAUACAAACACCCCCUAAAUAAAAAUUAGAUACAAACACCCCCUAAAUAAAUUAGAUACAAACACCCCCUAUAUAAACACCCCCUAGAUAAAAUUAGAUACAAACACCCCCUAAAUAAGAAAAAUAAUUAUAAAUUAAUAAAUAAAUAAAUAAUUAUUAAUUUAUUUUAAAAAUUAGAUACAAACACCCCUAAAUAAGGAAAAGAAAAAAGAAAAACAAAGAGUAUGGCAAAAACUUGAAUGAUGGCGGUAUACAGAAUUAUCCGCAUCAAAAAACAUACGGCCCAAAUAGAGACGGAAGUUAGCGUGAUUCAACCAGAGAACGCAGCUUGCGUCGAGGGAAAUAGAGCAGCAGUCACUGGCUCACCGCAGCAGUCGACAAAGGCCAACUCCUUCCACUCGUGUGCCACCGGCCCUCCAUCGCUACUCUCCCUGCCGCUGAUCUCCAGACACCCAUCCACUCCAAUCUAGUUUUGCAGAUUUACGUGUUUGAGGCAGCAACAGCUUUAAGAUUAUGGCGAGGUCAUUAUCUAGCAUGCUCUUAAAAGGUCUUGCUGCUUAUCCUGCUACGCGUUCAUCCACCGUUGAAUGUAAAAGAUCCAUUUACUCAGCUAGGAACCGGUUCUUCGCUUCUGUGCCUAAUGAUCCAGACACACAUGCCGAUUUUCUACCUGCAAGUAAAGUUGAGAGUUCUGGUAUUUCAUUGAAGGACAUUAUUGAGCAGGAUGUCAAAGAGAAUCCCGUUAUGCUUUACAUGAAAGGGAUGCCUGAACAGCCUCGGUGUGGGUUCAGCUCUCUAGCAGUGAGGGUGCUACAAGAAUAUAAUGUUCCUAUAAGUGCUAGAAACAUAUUGGAUAGUUACGAGCUAAAGGAUGCUGUAAAAUCAUUCAGCAACUGGCCCACAUUUCCCCAAAUAUUCAUCAAUGGAGAAUUCAUUGGUGGGUCUGACAUCAUCCUCAGUAUGCACCAGAAUGGAGAACUCAAGGAAAAGUUGCAAAGCAUUGGCAAGCAAGGGAAGCAAAAUGAAUCCUAAUAGCAGGACGCAGUGUUUAUGGUGAGAACUAUUUUGCGAGGUCUUUUAAGUAAAAUAUAGAGUUCAGAAAAGUGUUUAUUUCCGGAUGUCAUAUUUGGUAUAAUUCAAACACGUCCCUAUUUACUUCUUGUGUAUGAGGAAUCUAUUAUAUCCAGUCUGUGUACUCUGGUAGUCUGGUAAAUAAAGCGACGUUCUUUUAUACCUUUAUUUUUUAACCAUGGUUAAUGAUAUUUUAGAAAUUGUUUCAGAUGAUGAAUGUAGUAAAUCAUGUCCCG